AUGUCAAUUGAGCAUCUUGACCUCCAACAGGGGCAUAUAUACAGCACUGCAGCCAAACAUGGUAACCAGACUGAAAGCUCCCGCACAAAGACCACGGCUCUACCAUUGAACACGAACGCGACGCGUCCGAAAAUCUUGACGUCACCACACAUCAUUGAUAUAGUCGAACAAUGCAGGUACGAUCGACUUUCGCAGCACAAGUACUCGAUGUAUCGCCUUCUGCCACGAGUACCUCACAAGAGAGUAUUGCAUCAAUUUCACCAACCCAUAUUCCAGACUACCAACACCGAAUCUAUCCGCCCAUUCCACCCGACAUCUAUCAAAAUGGUCAAGGACAACGAUACCGUCAUUGAAGAGUGGAACGAGCUCGUCAAUAUGUCCGCCGACGAAUUGAAAGAUUGGCUCGGCAAGGAUGAGUCGGCGGGUGCUGGUUGGAGCAAAGACGAUGGCUCAGGCGAGACUAUUGGCCACGAAAGCGGCCGCAAGAUCAUCGAGAUCUUGGAGAAGAACUCGAAAAAGGACUCAAGCAAGUACGACGACGAAGAUUUGCUGCACAUGCGCAAGGUCGUCUCGUACUGCAAGCGCCAUCUCGCUCAGGAGGAGAAGGCGAAGCAGGAUCCUGAUAGCAAAAGUGCCAAAAGUCUCAAGAACUGGGGCCACGAUCCUCAGAAGUCGUAG